UCUCUCUGUGGAAUAACGCUUUCCGUUAGCUCCAGUGCUGUGAGCUCGUAGCCUAGCCUGGCCCAGUGUUGGCCCAGUUUGGACCCUGCUGGUGGUACUGGUGGUGGUGGUGGUGGUGGUGAUGGAGCGGUUCUUUGCCCUGCUGCGCCUGCUGGGCAGGAGGAGGCGAGGGAGGAGGUACCGGGCGGAUGACGAUUACCAGGAAGGCUACGAAGACGUUUACUACUACACCAGCAAGUACAACACACACCUACUGAAUGAGGGGCCGUACACCAAACACUCUGCUGGGUCGAGACCUCCCGAUGGAGCGCUGGCCAUCAGGAGACAGAGUAUACCAGACGAGUUUCGGGGCUGCUCGGUGGUGGAGCUGAUGAAGAAGGAGGGGACGACGCUCGGACUGACGGUCUCAGGCGGCAUCGACAAAGAUGGGAAGCCCCGGGUCUCAAACCUGCGACAGGGAGGCAUCGCCGCCAGGAGCGACCAGCUGAACGUGGGCGACUACAUCCGAGCCGUUAACGGCAUCAACCUGGCCAAGUUCAGACACGAUGAGAUCAUCAGUCUGCUGAAGAACGUCGGGGAGCGAGUCGUCCUGGAGGUCGAGUACGAGCUGCCGCCUGUCUCGGUGCAGGGGUCAGGCGUCAUGUUCAAGAACGUGGAAGUCACGCUUCACAAAGAGGGAAACAGCUUCGGCUUCGUCAUCAGAGGUGGCGCUCAUGAAGACAGGAACAAGUCACGCCCGAUCGUCAUUACAACCAUCAGGCCAGGUGGUCCGGCUGACAGGGAAGGAACCAUCAAGCCAGGCGACCGGUUGCUAAGCAUCGACGGGAUCCGUCUCCACGGCAGCACGUUAUCAGAGGCCAUGAGCAUCCUGAAGCAGUGCGGGCAGGAAGCAACGCUGCUGCUCGAGUACGACGUCUCCGUGAUGGAUUCUGUUGCCACGGCGUCAGGGCCACUGCUGGUUGAGGUUGCCAAGGCGACAGGCUCCAGUCUGGGCGUGGCUUUGUCGACCUCCAUGUUCUGCAGCAAGCAGGUCAUCAUCAUCGACAAGGUCAAACCAGCCAGCAUAGCAGACAGGUGUGGAGCUCUUCAUGCAGGAGAUCAUAUUCUGUCUGUUGAUGGGAAGUCGAUGGAGUUUUGUUCUCUGGCUGAAGCCACUCAGCUGCUCUCCGCCUCCUGUCAGACCGUCCGCAUGGAGAUCCUGCCACAGCACCAGACCCGACCGGCCCUGAACGCACCACAGCAGGUCAAGGUGCAGCGUAGUCCCCGCCCCCCCGAGCACGCUGACGAGGGGCGCGUCGCCUCCAACCUCCCCCGCCACCAGUACAACACGGAAGGCCCCGACCAAUCAGCUGCCAGGUCGCACAACCGCCAUACAAACAACCCUCCGCUCAGCCACUCGUUCUCGCCCGGCUCCAUGUCGGCCUACAGCCUCUCGUCCCUCAACAUGAGCACGCUGCCCAGGAACAUGUAUCCCACGAGUCCACGGGGCACGCUGAUGAGGAGGAAGGCCAAGAAGAAGGACUUCAAGAGCUCCUUGUCUCUGGCGUCCAGCACCGUGGGUCUCGCCGGUCAGGUCGUUCACACGGAAACAACGGAGGUGACGUUGCUAGGCGACGGCAUCAUGGGGUUCGGCCUGCAGCUGCAGGGUGGAGUCUUCGCCACGGAAACGCUCUCCUCGCCACCACUCAUCGCUUACAUCGACCCUGACAGCCCCGCAGAGAGGUGUGGUAUCCUGCAGAUCGGCGACAGGAUUUUGUCCAUAAAUGGAGUUCCUACUGAAGACUCGACUCUGGAGGAAACCAAUCAGCUGCUCAGAGACUCGUCCAUCACGGCUCAGCUCACUCUGGAGAUCGAGUUCGACGUGGCCGAGUCGGUGAUUCCCAGUUCAGGAACGUUUCACGUGAAGCUCCCGAAGAAACCCGGAGUGGAGCUCGGAAUCACCAUCAGCUCUCCGUCCAACAGGAAACCAGGUGAUCCUCUGAUCAUCUCCGACAUCAAGAAAGGCAGCGUCGCACACAGGACGGGGACGUUGGAGCUCGGAGACAAGCUGCUGGCCAUCGAUAACAUCCGCGUGGAGAACUGCUCGAUGGAGGAGGCUGUUCAGAUCCUGCAGCAGUGCGAGGAGCUCGUCAAACUCAAGAUACGAAAAGACGAAGACAACUCAGAUGAACAGGAAGUGUCCGGCAGCAUCAUCUACACGGUGGAGCUGCAGAGGUACGGAGGCCCGCUGGGAAUCACCAUCUCAGGCACGGAGGAGCCCUUUGACCCCAUCAUCAUCUCCUCACUGAGCAAAGGAGGGCUGGCUGAGAGGACCGGUGCGAUCCAUGUAGGCGAUCGUAUUCUGGCGAUCAACAGCAGCAGUCUGAAGGGGAAACCUCUGAGCGAAGCCAUCAGUCUGCUGCAACAAGCGGGAGAGACGGUCACACUGAAGAUCAAGAAGCAGGGAGAGCUGUCGAGCCCAAAGUCCUGUGUGAUUGGUCCAGGCCUGGGGGCGGGGCUUGUCCACGAGCAUCAGGACGGGGUUGAUGAGCCCGUCGUCAUGGUAGCGCCUCUGUCAAGCCAGAGAGCGUUCAGCACGCUGCCGUCUGUCGACAGCGCCGUGGAGUCCUGGGACGGAUCCAACGUGGACAGCAGCUUCACCACCCCGGCUCCACCAUUUCAGUCGUCUCCGUACAGUUUCCACGAGUGGCGCAACGCCAAGACAACCAACAGCCAAUCAUCCUCCUCGACUCGACAGAGAGCCAAUCCGCUGUCAGAUCUGGGCCUGAGCGACGACGACUGGGACCGCCCACCUCUCGGAGGGUUCACUGUGGGUCAUGAUGGGACAGAACCGGACCAGGAGGAGAACUUCUGGUCUCAGGCUCUGGAGGAUCUGGAGACCUGCGGCCAGAGCGGCAUCCUCAGAGAGCUGGAGGCAACCAUCAUGUCAGGCUCCAGCCUCAGUCUGAACCACGACCCCACCCCCCUGCGUAGCACACUGGGACGCCAGGCGAGCUUCCAGGAACGCAGCAACUCCAAACCACAGGUGACCCCACGGUCCAACACCUUGCCCUCUGACCCACAGCGCCGAGCCUUUGCCAUGAGGAAGAUGAGGCAGGAAGUCAACGAGAUCCUAAACCAGAACCCUGUGGAACUCCAUAAGCUGACUCUAGAGAAGGCCUCAGAUCUGGAAGAUUUUGGUUUCAGUGUUUCUGACGGUAUGUUGGACCGUGGCGUCUAUGUCAAUAACAUUCGACCAGGAGGCCCGGCAGAGCGGGGAGGUCUCCGAGCCUAUGACCGGAUACUACAGAUUAACCAUGUGCGGACUAGGGACUUUGACUGCUGCCUCGUCGUACCAUUGAUCGCCGAGUCUCCAAACCAUCUGGAGCUUGUCAUCAGCCGGAACCCCACGUCCUCCCCCUCCCUCUUGGUCAAUCACACCGACAGCACCACCAACAACAGCAACUCCUCUCAGCCAAUCAGCAGUGACCUGGGACCUUCAGAGCUCUCCAUUGGCCAAGGAGAGGAUGGUGGUCCGAUCAAGUGGAGCCAACCGGGAGACGGGAUCGGGGCGGGGCUUGCAGUGGGUCAGGUGAAUAAUAAUUCCUUAUAGCGGACAAAAACUGGACGAAACUGGAUUAAACCGGUUCUUACCAGACUGGACUGAAGAGGUCAACAAGGAGAACAAUACAGAAAAGUUGAGUUACACUGGUUUAGACCUGUCCGAACUGGUUCAGAGUGGACCCCCAUGGUGCUACACACACCUUCUGGAUGAAUAUUGACCUUUGACCACUUGAGUUUGACCUUUGAACUGCUAAAGCAGCCUGAAAGCACACUGAUGGACAGGAGCAACUCCUCACCUUUUCACUUGAACCAGUUCUGCAUACUGGUCCUACUGGAGUCACUGGAACCCGAACUAUAACUACUGAUCCUACCGGAACCACAGCCAGAGCUCCUGGUCUAACUGUGCCGGGAAUUGAUGGGUACUGGUUCUUUAAGCCCAGAGCCAUGACUACUGAUUCUAUUGAAGCCAGAGCCACAGCCAGUGGUUUUACUGGUUUAAGAAUAACGGUAACUGGUUCUACAAACCUAGAACUAGGGAUACUGGUCCUAUUGAAGCCACAGCCAGUGGUAUGACUGGUUUAAAACAUGUGGGUUCUGGACUUAGUGGACCAAGACAUGGUUCUUGUUCUUGGUCAUAGUGGUCACAGGAUUGAGUGUACUAAGACAGAACCAUAACCAGAAUUUCUAUGAGUCCAGAGCAAUGGCUUCUGGUCCAUCUGGUCUUAGUAGAAUCAAAACCAUGGCUUCUGGUUGCACUGGCCAAGGACCACAGCAGCACAAAGACUGAUGGGACUCCAGGAUCUAAAACCUGCUGAUGGACAAACAGGUUGCCAAGGAGACUAGGGAUGCUCCGAUCACCAUAUUGAGUGUUGAUGUCUUAGGGAUCGUCCAAACCAAUACUGAUUACUGACUGGUUUCUGUUCUUAAACAUUGAUUUCUGUCAGUCUUAACUUCGAUGUUUUUCAAGUUAUGGGUGGAAAUACCUUUGUUGGCACAGAGCGUUGACUUAGGCAAAAGAUUAAAGAUGGUUAUGGUUAUGUACAAGUCUUUCGAAGAUAAAGCAUAAAAUUAUGUUGAAAAUGGUUGUUAAAGCUUAAGAUCAGACAUGGAUGGUGUUAGGUGAAGAUCUGGUUUAUUUCAGGUAGGGAUGAGAAUUUUAAAAGGAUGGGAUCUUAACAUCCCAACAAGUUGCAACUGCUUGAAUUCGAUUCUGACAUGUUGGGUAAACCUCCAGAGUUACAAGAAAAACGAAAUCCUUCAAAAGUCUGUUAGCUUGUAGCAUGCUAUCAUUGGAGCACCAUUGGCAAUUUUUAUGUCAGUGUGGAUGAAAAGUCCUUAAGGUGUGUAAAAAUUUUUAAAAAAAUGACCAUCUACAGUCCCAUGAGAAGUGGGCAAACUCCAUACAGUCAUGUGAUUUUGAUCGCAAACGUCACACCAGUUGCUUAAUGGACCAUGUGGUGAGAUUGUUUUCUAAAGAAAAUCUUACCAAUUUUCUACUCAAUUUUCGUAGAAAAAAAUGUUCACAUAUAUCGAUCAGCCAAAACAUUUAAGCUACUUAAUAUGUGACGUGAUAGGUCAACCGGAAGAAGGUCUACUAGAAACUGGCUAAAAGGGGACAUACUUUAGUCAAUAAAUCGAUUCUUCCCGAUGCUUGUAUACGGGGACAAAGACAGUAGUCCAAUUAAUUUGAGCUUUAACUGUAGCUUGACUGAACUGUGCAUGUAAAUGAACUGAGUAUUAUUGUUUUGGCUGAUUGGUGUAUAUCAAAGUAAAGAUUUUUAAAAUAUUUUUUAGUUUAGAUACAUUUGAAAGGAUACCAGCCUUAAUGGUGGAAAACAGGCAGCCAUGAUGGAUGUGGUAAUGGUAACACGAUUAAAUGUUUCAGUCAAUUUUAAGAUGUAAAUCAUGUCAAUAAUUAUCAGCUGAUAUUGAUCGGAGCAUCCCUAAUGAAAUGUACAGAAAGACAGAGGGUUUACUGUUAAGAUUUUAGUUCUGUGCCAUGAACGAGCUGCAGACUGGAAGAGUAAUAAUAAUCAUAUUGACAAUGAUGAUGAUGAUGAUGAUGAUGAUGAUGAUGAUGAUGAUGAAACUGAGCAGUUCAAUAAGAAUCUUUUUCUACUGUUUAACACUGGUUGAGACUGGCCACACUGUGUGUAUGUAUGUGUGCGUGUCUGUGUGUGUGUUUGUAUGUUAUGUGUGUGUGUUAAACACAAGGCCAGUUAAGCCCCUUUGCCCCCCCCCCCCUCCUCAUUUUCCCCUCGACCAAUAGGCAGCCAAGACGACGACAGAUGGCAGUUCUGAGAGAUUCAGCUGAUUGGCUGGAACCAAUCAGAAAAUCUUACCUGCCUGUCUGUGAUUGGUUCUGCUUGACACACAAGCUGACCAAUCAGCUACCAGGAGGAAGCCAAGCAUGCCCCCACCCCCACUUUCCUGACCC